UCAUACACCAUAAUAGAUUUAGAUCCUUAUCAGAAGCAAGUGUAUUGUGCUAAAAAAAAUAAACAUCGCAAGGGCCAAAAUAUGGGAGUUGCAUGUCUUGAUACCGAUGAAGUUUCAUCUGGACGUUCAAUUAUUAAAGGGAAUGUAUGUUUAGCGAUACAUGAGUUGAAAAAAAUGUCCAAUUGCAUACAUUGCGGUGCAAUGAAAUUUCAGUACGAGUGUCCAACAUUCUGUUGUGAUAAUGGAAAGGUCAAACUUGCUCCUAUUGAAGUGCCUGAUGAAUUAUAUGAAUUGUUCACUUCACAGACGGAAGAGGCAAAACAGUUUCGAAUAAACAUUCGCCUAUUUAACAGGGUCAAAUUAGAUAAAGAACUUGCAUCUGCAAGACAAGGAGUCUAUACUUUUCGAGCUCAGGGAGUAGUGUAUCAUGAUCUUCCUAGUUUAUUACCUAAAGAAGAUGGACCUAGAUAUUUUCAGUUGUAUUUUAGGGAAACAGAACGAGAGGUUGAGAAUAGGAUGGGCAUAUUUCCAAACUCCUCUUUAUCUAAAUCUACGGUUAACAAACUCAUUACCGUUUUGGAUGUGAACCUGAAAUAA